AAGUUGGGGCGAGUUUGGGCAUUCCCUUGUGUUCACAAUGUUAGAUUUACUUCCCUUUUUAUCAACUAUUUUACCCAUAAUAGCCUCAAGCCUUGUUAUCUGCGUUUUUGUGGUAAAUCUUUAUUUGAGGAUAAGACGCAAAUUUCCAAUUAGUGUUAAUUGCUGGUUUUGCAACUCAUGGACCAAAGUACCAUACGACGACCGGGACGGUUUCGAUUGCCCAACUUGCUCGCAAUAUAACGGUUUCACGAGCGACGGCGGUUACAAUAAGAUAAUCCCAGAGCAACAUGACGAGUUUAUGAAUAAAUCGACGAGGGUUAAAAGCCGCAAAAGUGGCGCCUCGAAUGGGCUGUGCGCUCUGUGUAAUAACAACCAGCAGUUGAAGGUGUUCCAACUCGCCCACUUUGUUCCCAUGAACGAGGAGAAUUACGACGUGGAAAUUGAGCAUUUCCAGGAACAGCUGGAAAAGGCGUACAAGUUAUGCAAGAAAUGUGACAAGGUCUUGAAAAAGACCAUAAGCAAGCAAAACGCCUGGAUAUUCGGAAACCGCGUCAGGGAUUUAUGCCACAACGGAAUUUCCAAAAUUGCAAGCCAGAUCAGAAAGGAGACAAAACUUACACUAGUGAGAAAACUUGACGGCUGUUUAUCAAUUUUAUGCGUUCUCGCGGUUAUUUUUACCACUUUGUUGGGAAUUAGAGUUUUUACGCGAAGUUUAUCCAGUUAUGUUCCAACGGCCUAUUUACCUGUUUACAAAAGUGUUGUUGCUCUAGCCAACACUUCAAAAAUCAUCGAAGUUAAAUUGUUCCCUUUCACGAAGAAUCUCAAAAUUGAACCUCAUUUUGUCAUUUCUGGCCUAGGUUUUUUGUUUCAAAUGAUUAGAAUGUGUUUGAGUCAAUACAAUGUGAACACGAAAGUGAAUCAGUUGCUUUGUUGGGUGAUUCUUUUGUUAACGUCGUGGCUGCGUUUUAGCAAAACUUAUACACCGUAUAUUUUAUUUAUUGAGGCUUUUUCCUGCAUUUACCUGCUCAGCACUGCCUUCACAAAACCCGAGCCAAAGAAGCCUAACCCUAAGCCAACCGGGAUGCGCAAACUGGUCAAAAACCUGGAAUACACAACCAGCGACAUCUCCGACUGUAGCGACUUUGAAGACAUUUCAGACAAGUCCAACUCGAGCCUUAACACUGCCACAGUACUUAACUCAAGUUUCAAAAGCGCCCCCGACUUGAACCGCAGCCUCAACAACCUGAGCCUAGGCUUCAAGCCGCCCCCGCGCCCAAAACCCGUCUUGUCGCCCCCCAAACUCCAAACCGUCAAUUCGUGGGUGGCCGGCGGGUUUUGGCGCGAGGGCGAAGGCCUGCUCUUGCCCCCGGCGCAGCGGACCAACCUCAGUCGGUGCUCCAGCGAGAGCUCGGGCUUCGGCUCCCAACUGGAGGCCCCCUUUGUCCCGAAAUACUACGAAUUCGACCGAUUCUCGCACGUUUCGGAGCCGAACUUCCGGGGGUUUCACCCGCGGUUCGACGCCUAUCAGCGGAAAAGCUCCGAAAACUGGUCGGAGAAAAUCAACUCGCAAGCCAUGAUGAGUUUCCGGGACUUGAGUCUGCGCUCGAAUUAUUGACUUUUAUUUUGUGAUUUGGAUAAGUGUUAAGUUUGGAAAAAUCAAAAACGAAGGGUUUUUUAUCACUGCCAUGAGCUACCUCGACUUUUUGAUUUUCUACUAGAUUUAAGAAUAACGCGGUUUGAAUUUGCCGCCACAACUGCCAAAUUAAGGCACGACGUUUGAAUUAAUUGUAUGAGAUAAGCUGUAUUUGUUUUAAAUACAUUUUUUUGAAACUU